GUUCAGGUGGCGAAGCGGCAAGAUGGCGACCACCUUGACUAUCUUUGCCAGAAAGAUUUCGCCUUCUGCUUUGUUUCUUGCGAAAAGGUCGUUUUGUCCUCAGCAGUUGUCAAUUGUCAGACAUGGCAGCUCAUGGUACCCGGACAGGGAGUAUCUUAAGACGUUUGAUGGUCCAGUUAUGUACCCUACAGCUGAUGCACUGGCUGAAUUAAAACCAGCUCCAUGGAAUAACAAGCAAGUACCGACCGAGAAAACUGUGAGAAAUCUUAUCUUGAACUUUGGCCCUCAGCAUCCCGCUGCCCAUGGUGUGUUAAGACUUGUUUUACACCUGGAUGGAGAGACUGUUAUGCGUGCUGACCCACACAUUGGUCUCUUGCAUCGAGCGACAGAGAAACUAUGUGAACACAAAACGUACACCCAGGCACUGCCUUACUUUGAUCGUUUGGACUAUGUGUCCAUGAUGUGCAAUGAGCAGUGCUACUGUCUGGCAGUGGAGAAACUACUCAACAUUGAGGUGCCACCAAGAGCUAAGUGGAUUAGAACUUUGUUUGGAGAGUUGACCAGAAUUGCCAACCAUCUAAUGGGCAUUACCACCCAUGCUCUAGAUGUAGGAGCUAUGACUCCUUUCUUCUGGAUGUUUGAAGAGAGAGAAAAGAUGUUUGAGUUCUCUGAGCGAGUGUCUGGAGCACGUAUGCAUGCGGCGUACGUGAGACCAGGUGGGGUGAACCAGGAUAUGCCUCUGGGCCUAAUGCAGGACAUACACCAAUGGGCUUGCCAAUUCAGUGAACGGCUAGAUGAGAUGGAAGACGUUCUUAGUGGCAACAGGAUCUGGAAAAAUCGAUUGCAAGACAUCGGCGUUAUUUCUGCAGAAGAUGCGCUGAACUAUGGUUUCAGUGGUGUUAUGUUGAGAGGUUCAGGAAUCAAGUGGGACCUGAGAAAAGUGCAGCCCUAUGAUGCUUAUGAUCAGGUUGAAUUUGAUGUACCAAUUGGGCUUCGUGGUGACUGUUAUGACAGGUACCUCUGCCGUAUGGAAGAAAUGAGACAGAGCCUUAGGAUUGUUGAGCAGUGUCUGAACAAGAUGCCUCCUGGUGAAAUUAAGGUUGAUGACCACAAGAUUGUUCCACCAUCACGAGGCGAGAUGAAGGAUUCCAUGGAAGCACUCAUCCACCACUUCAAGCUGUUCUCGCAGGGCUACCAAGUCCCACCAGGGUCAACAUAUACAGCCAUUGAAGCACCCAAGGGAGAGUUUGGAGUUUACAUAGUCUCUGAUGGAAGUUCAAAGCCAUACAGGUUAAAAAUCAAGGCUCCAGGAUUCGCACAUCUGGCUGGUUUAGAAAAGGUCUCUCGCGCUCACAUGCUGGCAGAUGUCGUUGCCAUCAUUGGUACUCUUGACAUUGUGUUUGGAGAGGUAGAUCGCUAGAGCACGCAUAUGCCCUUUCAGUGUGGCAUCUCUGUAUAUUAUUCAGUGUAGUAUGCACCUGAAAAGCUAGAGAAUUGUAAAAUGCUGCGCUUUCACUCUGUAAAAGUUUCAAGAACACAGCAGAAAUGUAAGUGAGAGUGACAGAAGCGUAGGUCGAACGUUCCAUCCUAUGGUUUUUCUGAGGUAUCCGAUCAGAGAGGUAAAAAUCUCGACUUCAUUUGCAUGUGUGCCCAGAAUGCAUAAGAAUCGAGAAUUUGAUCGAAGGAUGGAAUUUGUAUUGCACAGCAUUGUCAUCUUGGCUUAAUGUAAAUUAUUCUAAAACUAUUGAUGUCAGUGAUUUUCCAUUUGCAUACUGAACAGGGCAGCUUCGUCACUAAAAUUUUCCAUCAUUGGCCCCAAAACACACAUUUUGCUGUGGUAGUCUAAUAAUUGAUUAUUGGACAUGUGCGUAGUGGAUAGAUGCAUUAGGCAGGGUUUUAUGCUUUUGGACCUCAUGGCGAUACUGGUUGAAAGGUGAUUAGCCGUGCUUGUUAAACAUACUGUGACCAAUGUGAAUCAUAUUGUAGAAAGGGAAAAAGAACACUCUCCGUACACACGUUCAACAAAAUGGAAACUGUUGUUUGUCCAACGUCUCUGCUACUGGUUUCUAAAUAAAUGCGAUGUUGUUACUGUUGGAAAA